AUGUUCGUCAAAUCUGAGACCUUGGAGUUGAAGGAGGAAGAGGACGUGCUGGUGCUGCUCGGCUCGGCCUCCCCCGCCUCGGCGGCUCUCACCCCCCUAUCUUCCAGCGCCGACGAGGAGGAAGAGGAGGAGCUGGGCGCGUCGGGCGAGGCGCGACGGCAGCGUGGGGCCGAGGCCGGGGCCGGGGCGCGGGCUGGCUCGCCGGGAGGGGCCGAGGGCUGCCGGCCAGCGCGGCUGCUGGGUCUGGUGCACGAGUGCAAGCGGCGCCCCUCCAGGGCGCGGGCCGUUUCUCGCGGAGCCAAGACGGCCGAGACGGUGCAGCGCAUCAAGAAGACCCGUAGAUUGAAGGCCAACAACCGCGAGCGCAACCGCAUGCACAACCUCAACGCGGCGCUGGACGCGCUGCGUGAGGUGCUCCCCACGUUCCCCGAGGACGCCAAGCUCACCAAGAUCGAGACCCUGCGUUUCGCCCAUAACUACAUAUGGGCGCUCACCGAGACACUGCGCCUGGCUGACCACUGCGGCGGCGGCGGCGGCGGCCUGCCGGGGGCGCUCUUCUCCGAGGCCGUCUUGCUGAGCCCCGGAGGCUCUAGUGCCGCCCUGGGCAACAGCGGAGAUAGCCCUUCGCCUGCCUCCACGUGGAGCUGCACGAACAGCCCCGCGCCGUCUUCCUCCGCCUCCUCCAACUCCACCUCUCCCUACAGCUGCACUUUAUCUCCUGCCAGCCCGGCGGGUUCAGACAUGGACUAUUGGCAGUCCCCACCUCCCGACAAGCACCGCUACGCACCUCACCUGCCCAUAGUCAGGGACUGUAUCUAG